UCCACGCCCAUUGUUUAUUCACAAUUUAGAAAACAAAAUCAAAGGUUAGGGUUUUCAUCUUUCCAAAAGGGAAAAUUCAACUUCAAACUCCAAAUCAAAUUCCAAUCACAAUGUCUUCUGGCAAGAAAAUCACUUUGAAGAGUUCCGAUGGAGAGGCUUUUGAGAUCGACGAAAUUGUUGCUUUGGAAUCGCAGACGAUUAAGCAUAUGAUUGAAGACGAUUGCGCUGAUAAUGGAAUUCCUCUUCCAAACGUCACCAGCAAGAUCCUUGCAAAGGUGAUCGAGUACUGCAAAAAGCAUGUGGAGUCUGUGGGUUCUGAUGAGAAACCUAACGACGAGGAACUUAAGGCUUGGGAUGCGGAUUUCGUUAAGGUGGAUCAGGCUACGCUUUUCGAUCUAAUCUUGGCUGCUAACUACUUGAACAUUAAGAACCUGUUGGACCUUACCUGCCAAACUGUGGCUGACAUGAUCAAGGGGAAGACCCCAGAGGAGAUCAGGAAGACCUUCAACAUCAAGAAUGACUUCUCUCCUGAGGAAGAAGAGGAAGUCCGUAGGGAAAACCAGUGGGCUUUUGAAUGAUUCUAUUCUAACUUCUUACAAUGUGUUGAAGAUCUGUCAUGUGGAUUAAUAUUAUGCUAUGUUUUAUUUUUCUAAGAACAUCAAAUUAGAUCUAUCUAUCUAUGCUUUUGUACUUGUUUAUCUUUCGGGUUAUAUCUGUUGAAUCCGGUCAUGAAUCUGGGUUACUGCUGUUCGUAGAUUUAGUGGUACAUUUUGAAUUGUAAGUAAUUGUUAUUGAUUAUGAUUGGCUGAUGCGUUUCGUUUAGUAUGAUAUGAGGCUUUUUGUGCUCAA